GGUGGUGGGGGUUAGAGAGAGAGUCUAGAGAGAGAAAGAGAAAAACCGGGAAAGAAAGAGAGAGAGAGAAAAAGAGAAAAUUGGGAAGGGAGAAGAAAGCUCCUCUGGUUCUGAGAAGAGAGACCCAAAAGAUUGUCCAAGGGAGGGUCCUCUGAGAUCAUCCUGAAAUGGGCAGUAAUAGGAAAAAAACUUUCAAUUCUUUCAAGCCUUUUCUGUUCAGUAAAAAAGUUAAAAUAAUUAAAUAAUUAAUUAACUUCUGGUGUGUUUUUUUCUGUGCUGCCUUUUCAAGUUUUGAGUCUCAAAUCUCCCCCCACCUAUCCACCUUCCUUUACUUCUGGCUUUCCAAGGAAGUAACAAGAAAACCCAACUCUCCAAUACCCCUUUUGCCCCUCUUCUUUUUGCUCAGCCCUAUGAGAAGAAGGUUGUAAUCUGCAGAAGCAGCUGGGGUUUUGAGUGCAUUGAUCAAAAGGGUGUUGUAACCUCCAAUUAAAUAGUCAAAUUAUCAUGAGGGACCCUGAUACGGUGAUAUAGUUACUACCACCACCACUGCUGCUGCAGCUUUUCGUUCAUCAGGCAAUGGGGGAUGGAUGGAACCCUCUCGGGUUCCGGUUGCUAUCUCUCCUGGUUUUGAUUCUUGUUGUGAGUUUUCGGGGCUGUUGGUGUCUCAAUGAUGAAGGAUUGAUUCUGUUGUCAUUCCGUGAAAAUAUCAAGUUCGAUCCUUUUGGUGCUUUGGAGAAUUGGAGUCCUAACGAUGGCGAUCCUUGCCUGUGGAAUGGUGUUCAUUGUGUGGACGGUAAAGUGCAUAUGCUGAAUCUGACGGAUUUUUCUCUGGAAGGGACAUUGGUACCUGAACUUUGGAAACUUAAUCACUUACGAUCUCUUGUGUUAUACAAGAAUCGCUUAUCUGGUGUAAUUCCUAAAGAGAUUGGGGGGCUCACAAGGUUGGAGCUACUGGAUUUGAGGAACAAUAACUUGAAUGGGAUGAUUCCAGUUGAGUUAGGCAGUAUGCUGUCACUGAAAUGCUUGUUGCUUUGUGACAAUAGAUUCGAAGGCACCAUUCCUCUAGAGCUCACUCGUCUCUCGCUCUGCGAAUUGCAAUUUGAUGAUUACCUUUCAUCUAGUGAAACCACUGGAUUUGGCUGUGUGAACAGAAAGUUUGGCCAUUGCAUCUGGCAGAGCAAUUUAGAACAUGUGAAUACUGUGGAAUCCUUGGUAUUAUUUCUUAAAGGAGCUUUUAAGAACUAUCUCAACUACUUGUCACUGCCUCGGUUCAGUUACAGAAAGGAUCCUCUGCCAAUUGAUGGAGAUAAUUGCUGUGAUAGUUUAUCUAGUUGGUUUGAGUCGCACAUGGCCUUUGCUCGCCGUAGACUACUUGCACAAGCCAGUAACCUACCAGCUGUACCCGUUACUGAUACGGAACCAACUGGACAGGUCAUUGCUCUUCCAACUACCCGAAGUAGUGGUGCUUUCCCAGCCGUGCCAAAAGAUAAAAAGAAAAAUUCUCCUCCGCCUGCACCUGCACCGCAGCCUUCGCCUGAACCUCAUGAGGCUUCAAAACAUGAUGGACAAUCUUCCCAAAAAUUAAUUGGCAAUAUGUGGAAGUAUCUCAUUAUUGGUUUCAGUGUGCUUAUCUUGCUCCUUGUUCUUAUGGCCAUGGUCUUCAUGUGUCGAAGCCAAGUGGCUAAAACUGUAGGUCCCUGGAAGACUGGAUUGAGUGGACAGUUGCAGAAAGCAUUUAUAUCAGGAGUUCCCAAGUUGAACCGAUCAGAACUGGAAACCGCAUGUGAAGAUUUCAGUAACAUUAUUAGCACACUUGAAGGUUGUAUUGUGUACAAGGGAACACUGUCCAGUGGAGUUGAGAUUGCUGUUGCAUCAACUACAAUAUCGUCUUUGAAAGACUGGUCCAAGCUUGCAGAGAAUUGUUACCGGAAAAAGAUUGACGUACUGUCACGCGUGAAUCAUAAGAACUUUGUCAAUCUUAUUGGCUACUGUGAGGAGGAUGAGCCUUUUACUAGGAUGAUGGUGUUUGAGUAUGCUCCAAAUGGAAAUCUCUUUGAGCAUCUGCAUAUUGAAGAAAUGGAACAUCUGGAUUGGAAUUCGAGGAUUAGGAUCGUUAUGGGAACUGCUUAUUGUCUUCAGUACAUGCACCAUGAGCUAAAUCCACCUGUGUCACAUCCUAACCUGACCUCGGCUUCUAUCUUUUUGACGGAUGAUUACGCUGCUAAGAUUGCGGAGAUCUGUUUCUGGGCAGAAUCAAUACGAAAGCCUAAGAAUUCCGGUGAUGAUGAUAAGGAGCAUUCGGUAUUGCCACCCCUUGCUGAUCCAGAAACAAACGUCUACAGUUUCGGAGUAAUGCUGCUUGAAAUCAUCACCGGGAAGCUCCAAAACUCAGAAGAACAUGGGUCCCUUCUAUACUGGGCCUCUGCAUAUCUGAACGAGAAUCGAAGCGACAUGGUGGAUCCAACCCUCAAGUCGUUCAAAAACGAAGAGCUGGAUGUCCUGUGCGAGGUCAUCAAAGAUUGCAUCCAAGAAGAUCCAAGGCAGAGACCAACAAUGAAGGAUGUGACUAACAAACUGAGGGAAGUGAUCCCCAUCACUCCCAACCAAGCAGUCCCCAGACUCUCUCCCCUCUGGUGGGCGGAACUCGAGAUCUUAUCGGUCGAGGCGACGUAAGCCGGAAAGCUCUCUCCUUCUGACUCUCUUAUCUGUUUCUUGUGUUGUAAGCCAAAAGUCUUAAAGUCUCUCCCUUUGUAUAAAAAAAAUGGUGAAGAAGAAGAAAAAUAGCUUUUAACUCUGCUGCUCCUUCCCCUGCAUAGCCAUAGCCAUUGUAUUAAGAUAAAAUCCCCAUUUUGCCCUUUUGGUUUUCUUGGUUGUUCAUGUGUCCCUAUGAUUCAUUUAAUUCUUAUUCUUUGGUGUUUAUAUAACAAAAAAAGUGUUAUUCUUUUA